AUGGCCGCAACUGGCACGCCUCGGUUGUCGACCUACUCGACGCCUGCGACGCCCGCCAACCGCGGCCUAUCCGUCGCACCGGCCGGCAGUGCGCAGGCUUCGCAGCUGCUACAGCAACAACAGCAGGCGCAGGCGCAGGCGCCGCCGCUCCCUCCGCCUGCGACCUUUGACGUGUUGCCUCACCUGCACGCGUUGCUCAACAGGCUGCUGAUCCAAAAACCCACGGACGCCGCGCAGCAACAGCAGGCAGGUGAGGAGGGAGGUAAAGCAGCAGCAGGUGGUGGAGAGGAGGGAAGUAAAUCCGGAGGCAGUGGAGGUGGAGGUACUGCAGGUGCUGCAUCAGGCGCUGGCGCCGGUGCAGGCGCAUCAUCGUCGUCUGCCGACCCCGACGCGCAGCCGCUCGAAAUACAUCAGCUGGCGGCAGCAUCCAGCGCGCUCAAGGUGCGGCUGCAGAAGGCGCGGCAGGCGUGCGCGCGCCUGGGCGAUAUGGAUCGGACCGUGGACGAGCAGCAGGAAGAAAUUGAUGAACUGGAGGAGAGAGUGAGCAAGCUGAGGGCGGUGCUCGAGGACAUGGGUGUCGGUGCAACAACGACGGCGGCAGCGGCGGCGGAGUCGCGGGCGGUGACUGUUGCUGGUGGAGACGGGGGCAGUGAAAUGGUGCUGAGGGACGUAAGGCCGAUUUAA